UGAGACUGCGCAAUGGCGCCAUGGAAGCUAACGCUAUCGGGCGAGUGAUGAGCAGUUAAUGCAUUUCCCCCCUCAUUCCUUCAUAUUUUUGUGCCCUAAUAAGCUGUUUUAGAAGUCUUCAAGAACCAUGCGACGAAGUAAGGCAGAGGUGGAUCGUUACGUGUCCUCGGUACAGAGUUCGUCUCCCUCACUCAAAGAGAAGCCAAUCAAAGGGUUUUUGUUUGCUAAACUAUACUUUGAGGCAAAGGAGUAUGAACUUGCCAAACGGCAUGUAUCCGAGUAUCUUAAAGUCCAGGAGCGGGAUCCCAAAGCACACAAAUUCCUUGGCCAGCUGUAUGAGAAAGAUGGAGAAUUCAACAAGGCAAUAGCAUGCUACAAGCGGUCCAUGGACCUGAAUCCAGCACAGAGGGACCUGGUGCUGAAGGUGACAGAGUUAAUGGUCAAUAAAGAUGAAGUCGACAGUAGAGCAGAGUUUUGGGUGGAGAAGGCUGCCAAGCUCCUACCUGGAAAUCCAGCUGUUUUCAACCUAAAGGAACGUUUGCUAAGUCGUCAGGGUCAGCGGGGUUGGAACCAGCUGUAUGACCUCCUCCAGGCUGAGCUAGCAGCACGGCCGGCAGACGCCUAUGUCAACGUGAAACUAGUUCAGCUGUAUUGUCAGGAUGGUCGUCUGGAAGAGGCUGUUAAACACUGCCUAGCUGCAGAAAGGAAAGGCAUGUUGCGCCACAGUCUGGAUUGGUACAACGUGGUGGUGCACAUUCUGCAGGACUACUUGGCACAACCCUCCAUCACUAGCAAUGAGAAAAUGUGUCGGCGUCUGCAGAGAGAGUUACUGUUGGCUCACUGCAGCCAACUGAGGAUCGCCUUGUCCGAGACCAGUGUGCAGCAUGGCCUUAAUGCACUCAGGAGUUUUGACCAUGCUAUGCAGGCACUUAGCAGCAUUGCAGGUCACUGCACAGAUGACCUUUUUGAGGUCUUUGUAGAGAUGAGAGGUCACCUCUAUCUGCAUGCUGGCACGCUGCUGUUGAAACUGGCUCAGGAACGGCAGAACACCUGGAGGGCUGUUGUUGACCUAGCAGCUUUGUGCUAUCUGCUAGCUUACCAGGUCCCCAGGCCAAAAGCUAAAGUGAUCAAAAGAGACCAGUCAGCUAUUCAACUUCUGGAACUGCUGGCUAACGAUCGGCAAAGUCAGGCCGGCCACAUGCUGUUCAAUCUCAGCACCAACACAUCCAUCUUAAUCAGCGAGGUAGUGGAAGCAUUUGGGAAUCGUAGUGGGCAGGACUCUCUGUUCGAACUCCUUUUUGGAUCACUGGCCACUGCUGGAUCUUCUUUCAUUGCCCAAGAUGACAUUCGUUUUGUGAACACAGUGGUUCCAGAACUCUCACAGCUGAUGAUGUUUGACACCGGUUCUAUCCUCCUGCAUGAUGGUGACCUGCAGCAUCUGAGCUGGUUGGGGCUACAAUGGGCCCUUCUGGAUCAACGACCAAACCUGCGGGACUGGCUAAAGCAACUCUUUCCCAGACUUACUCUGGAAACCUCCAAACUGGACACCAAUGCUCCAGAGUCCAUUUGUUUGCUAGAUUUGGAGGUGUUUGUACAUGGCGUGGUAUUCUGUAGCCACUGUCAGCUCCAGGAGACGGCGAAACUCAGCAUUGGCACGCAACAUCAACAACAACUUUAUGAGCCUCGCUGUCUCCCACUUCCACUCAUUCGACUGCUGUCUACAGACAGACAGAGGGAAUGGUGGAGUGCCAUCUAUAGCCUCAUUCACAAACGAACGGCUCCUGGCAUGUCAGCGAAACUCCGAAUGAUUGUCCAGCAUGGCUUGAACACGCUAAGAACCGGAGAGAAACAUGGACUCCAGCCAGCACUGGUCAUUCGCUGGGCUCAGUGUCUCGGCCAGACGGGUGUUGGAGCAAACUCAUACUAUGACCAGAAGGAAUACAUUGGUCGCAGUGUCCACUACUGGAAAGUUGUCCUUCCACUGCUGAGCAGGAUCAAAAACAGACGCAGUAUCCCAGAGCCUCUUGAUCCUCUCUUCAAACAUUUUUCUUCCAAGGAUAUUCAGUUUUCAUCUGUAAGAGGCUAUGAAGAAGAUGCAACAAUAGCAUUUGCUACUCUUCUUGACAUUGAAGGCAAGACAGAAGAGGCCAUUGCUACUUUUGAAACCAUCAAUAACUUGUCAUCUGUCUGGCAUUUGGCCCGGAUCUACCAGCGGUUGUCAGAGGAGGCCAGCAGUGGGAUUGAGGAGACCCAGGACAGAUGCAUCACAUUCCUAAGGAAACUGAGAACGUACCUGUUGAAGAUCUACCAUGCAAAUGCAGAUGACGUAGAGAAAUUGCCUGUUUCUAUGGAGGAAGUUGUAGAUCUUCUGAAUGAUGUUAAACAACAGCUGGGGGAAAGUGGGGAAGCAAUGGAUGAAGAGGAAGAAGAGGCUCGAGGUGGGCCAGCCCACUCCAGUCCUGUGCAUCUCACAGAAACCAAUGCCACUGUAUCCCGGGUUAAGUUUAGUACCCCCUCCCCUAACAAAAGCAUCGCCUCUCCUUCCAAGCUACACCUGAUUUCUCCAAAGACACCACCACAUUGGGUGGAGGACCAGAAGAGCCUUCUCCAGAUGCUAUGUCAGCAAGUUGAAGCAUUAAAGAAUGAAGUUCAUGAUAUGAGAUGCAGCUCCUUAGGCGCUGCAGGUUCUCCUCAUCACAAGAUGUAUGGAGAGAGCUAUGGGGCUGAGGGGCUGCCAGACCAUUAUACCUCCUACUAUGGGGCACCUCUAACAGUCUCCACCUCAGGUCCCUCUGUUUACUACAAUCAGUCUCCUGCUUACAAUUCUCAGUAUCUUUUGGGCACGGCAACAAGUGUAACUCCCACCAAGGGCCCAAUGUACAGUGUGAACCGUAUGCCAUCUCAGCAGAAUAUGUAUGCCUACCAGCAGCCCACUCAUACACCCCCAUUACAGUCUGCUCCAGCCUGCAUUUACCCUCCUCAAGACCAAGUCUUUGCCCCUCAUCGUUUUGAAUCACCAGUCACUGGCCUCCUUUCUCCAUACACUGAAGACUUUUUUAGCCAGAAUGCAACUCCGCAAACCACUAACCCCUCUCUACCUGAACCUGGGUACUUCACCAAACCAUCCAUAGUUCCUGUUCAGCCUGCAACAAACACUGAGGGGAAGCCAGUGGACUUUGGAAAGCUCUCCAUCAGCCAGGAAACUCCUGCCGAAAUCUCCACAGUGCCUAGCUUUGGAGGAGGCACAGCUGUCAAGUCUGCACCUUCAGCUGCUUUUAAAUUCAAUACCAGUUUUAAAUCCAAUGAUGGACGUUUCCCUUUCUCAACUUCUCCAGCCAAGCAUAGUGAAAGUCUUCUUGGACUUCUUACUUCAGACAUUCCUACAAAAGUGGAUGGGGUUCCAGAGAAUCCUCCAGUUCAGAGUACAGGAGGGUCAUGUCUGUUUGGACAGGUGGAGAAACCAUUUAAAUUUGGGGAGGACAUUAAGCCAGUGUUUGGUAUGGGCAAUACUGCAGAAGAGCAAAAGACAGUGGAGCGUGACAAUGACAGUAGUGAAGUUGAUGAAGAUGAGGAUGGCCCUCAUUUUGAACCCAUUGUGUCUCUUCCUGAUAAAGUUGAUGUGAAAACUGGUGAAGAAGAGGAAGAAGAAAUGUUUUGCAAUCGGGCAAAGCUAUAUCGUUUUGACACAGAGACAAAGGAGUGGAAGGAACGUGGCAUUGGCAAUGUUAAAAUCCUAAAACACACUACUAAGGGAAAAGUCCGCCUUUUAAUGAGAAGAGAGCAAGUCCUUAAGAUCUGUGCAAAUCACUAUAUCACUGCUGAUAUGCUACUUAAACCGAAUGCUGGUUCAGACAAAUCCUGGGUUUGGAAUGCCAUUGAUUAUGCAGAUGAGGAACCAAAGCCUGAGCAGCUGGCUAUCCGCUUCAAAACAGUAGAUGAGGCGUCUCUAUUCAGAGCCAAAUUUGAGGAAGCACAAAAAAUUGUGUCAGAAGACAAACUUGAUCAACAGGAGAAGAAAGAGGCAAGCUUGAAUGCCUUUGAAACUCAGGACACACUUGCUGCUCGAUUUGCUCUUAAAGAAGGGGAAUGGGAUUGCACUGUGUGUUGUGUAAGAAAUAAGCCCACUGCUAUGAGUUGUGUUGCUUGUCAAAGUGCCAAUCCCAGUUGUUCAUCAAAGUCAGAUACUGAAGCUGUUGGUGAAACGAAAGUCCCCAAGUUUACUUUCAAAUUUGGGACGGAUUCAACAAAAGCUAGUACUUGUGGCUCUCCCUUUUCUGGCUUUGGGUCUUUUGCAGCGUCUAUACCCUCUUCAUUUACAUUUGGAACUAGCACCACAAAAGCUCCUGAUGCAGCAGCCAUUUCAUUUGGCUCUGGAUUUAGCACACAAGUUGGAAAAAAGCCAGACCAGUGGGAGUGUACAGAUCCCAACGCUCCUGCUAAAUCUACAUCAGAGGUUCCAACAGCAUCGGACUUUCCAUCAGUACCAUUCAGGUCAGGAUUUGGUGAUUUUGUAAAGAAGGACGGACAGGGGGAUUUCAGCACUUCUCUGGUCAGAGAUGAUGCAUCAGCCUCUUGUGUUUCCAGCAGUACCCAGUGUGAUACCUCUCUAGGGGCUAUGUUUUCUAAAAAGGAAGGGCAAUGGGACUGUGGCACUUGUCUGGUGAGAAAUGAGGCCUCUGCCCAUCAAUGCAUGGCCUGUCAGACUAGCAAUCCCAAUGCAAAACCCAGCACUGCUCCCUCAGGCUCUGCCUUCAGUUUUAACUUUGGAACCAAGACUUCAAGUGAAAGUCCAGGAACUGGUUUUAUAACAGACUUUGGAAUUGCCAGCAAUUUUCAGUUUGGUCAAAACAAAGACAAAGGCUCUGCUGCUUCUUUCAAAUUUGAGGCUCCUCAGUCUGGAUCAAUUAAAACUCCUUCAGGCUUCUCCUUCUCAAUGCCCAUCACAAGUAGCUUCAAGUUUGGAAGUCAAGACACUGCUCAAGAAACUCCCUCAACUGAAAAUCAAACAGUUCCAUCAGGGUCAGCCUCCAUGUUUCUGAAAAGUAUAGCUGAACAACACAAGGAGAAAGAAAGUGUAUUGGCAACACCACUGGAUACAACAGAUCAUGAUCAAAAUCCAUUAUUUGUUGGAAAACCAAAUGCACUGUCUUUUGCAGAUUUGGCUGCUGGAAGUGAUUUCAAGUUUGGGAAGAAAGACCCCAAUUUCAAAGGUUUUGUAGGGGCUGGUGACAAGUUAUUCUCAUCAUUCCAAGCAACUCUUAAAAAGGCAGAUGGCUCAAAUGGGCCAGAGGAAGAGGACAUGUACAAGACAGAAGAACAUGAUGAUAUCCAGUUUGAACCAGUGGUCCAGAUGCCUGAAAAGGUGGAGCUGGUAACAGGGGAAGAGGAUGAGCAAGAACUUUAUUCGCAGCGUGUCAAACUAUUCAGAUUUGAUUCCAGCAGCAGUCAGUGGAAAGAGCGUGGUGUAGGAACUCUAAAAUUUCUUAAAAACACCACUAAUGGCAGGUUAAGGGUGCUAAUGAGAAGAGAGCAAGUUCUGAAGGUAUGUGCCAACCACUGGAUUACCACCACCAUGAAUCUUAAGCCCCUCGCUGGCUCUGACAAGGCAUGGAUGUGGCUUGCCAAUGAUUUCUCUGAUGGUGAUGCUAAGCUAGAACAGCUGGCUGCCAAGUUUAAAACACCAGAGCUGGCUGAGGAGUUUAAGCAGAAAUUUGAAGAAUGUCAGAGACUGCUGUUAGAUAUUCCAUUGCAAACACCCCAUAAGCUUGUUGAUACAGGCAGGACAGCACAUCUCAUUCAGAAAGCAGAGGAAAUGAAAUCUGGAUUGAAAGACCUGAAGUCCUUUCUGACAGAUGAAAAAACAAAGAUCAAAGAUGGUGAAACAGAGAGUCAGGAAGAGGUGCCAUCUUCCAGCAAUGUUUCAAGUCUUGCAAUUAAGCCUCACAGUGAAAGUACUGGUGCCACUUUGGAGUGGGACAACUAUGACCUAAGAGAAGAUGCUUUAAAUGAUACUGCUGAAACAUCAGUUUAUGCCUCACCCAUUGCCAGCAGCCCUGUGCAAAAAAACCUUUUUCGCUUUGGAGAAUCUUCUGGUGGGUUCAGCUUCAGCUUUCAACCAGGCAUCAGUCCUUCUAAGUCUCCAACUAAACCUAAUCAAAGCAAAGCCUCAGUUGGUACGGAUGAUGAACAGGAGGCUAACCAGGAUGAGGAGAAGGAUAGUCAUUACUUUGAGCCUGUGGUUCCUUUGCCUGACCUGGUGGAGAUUUCAACUGGUGAGGAAAAUGAACAGGUGGUCUUUAGUCACAGAGCUAAGCUGUAUCGAUAUGAUAAAGACCUUAGUCAGUGGAAGGAGAGGGGCAUUGGCGACCUCAAGAUCUUACAGAAUUAUGACACAAAGCGGGUGAGGUUGAUAAUGAGGCGAGACCAAGUUCUUAAAAUUUGUGCCAACCACUGGAUUACAUUGACCAUGAAACUGGAACCUAUGAAGGGUGCCGAGAAGGCCUGGGUUUGGAGUGCCUUGGACUUUGCUGAAGGAAGUGAGGGUAAAAUCGAACAACUGGCUGUGAGAUUCAAACUUCAGGAGACUGCAAACAUAUUCAAACAGGUCUUUGAAGAGGCCAAGAAUGCCCAUGAAAAAGAGGAUCUGUUGACUCCAGUAACAUCAAGGGUUUUCACUCCUCAAAACACCGGACUCACGGGAUCUGUAAAGACGGUCCCACCUGUAUGUGGUAAGGCUGCAAUCACUGUUUUAGAGGAGACCACCAGAGAACAUACAGAGGACUUAUCUGACAAUAGUCAAAGUGCAUCUGGGUCUCAGACUUCGGUUACCCCUUCUAAGAUGGUGAUGUUGCCGCCCAAGUUUGUUUUUGGUUCUGAUAGCCUGCAGAAGAUUUUUGGAACUCCCAAAUCUCACUCUGAGACUGAGGAUUCGCCAUCAAGCUUCAAAGCUAAAGAUUAUGGACAGACUUCAUCUACAACACCUGUUUUUAAAAUCCCAGAAAAAGGGCUGGAUUUUAGACUUUUCAAAGAUAACCCAAUGGCUUUUUGGACCAGUACAUCAACCUCCCAAUUUCAAAUUACAGUGCCCCAAGAGGCUGAAGAAGGAAGUGCGGGGUCUUCUGAGGACUCGGAGGUGGAGAUUGUGUAUGUCAGAGAGCCAACUGCUGAACAGGCUGCUUUAGCGCGGAAACUCCUACUGCCUCUCACCUUUUUCUGCUACCAGAAUGAACCUGGCUACAUCAGUGAUGAUCAGUCUGAUGAUGAGGACUAUGAGUCAGCAGUGAAAGCUUUGAAUGGCAAGCUCUACUCUGACCCUCCUCAGAAAACAGCUGCAGCGUGUGGUUAUGACUCAGAUUGUGUGGUGGUGUGGGAAAAGAAGCCCACACCAGAGGAGGAGGAAAAGGCGAAAAGUCUCCAGCUGCCCCCGACCUUCUUCUGUGGCCUGAGCACCUCAGACACCAGCCUAGAUCAAGAAAAGUCUGAAGACUUUGAGACUGAGGUCCGCAAAGCACAGCAGGACUUGGACAACCAGCUAAACCAAACUGAACAAGAACCUCCCAGAAGCUCUGCUGAAACAGAAGAACUGAUUUCAGGUCAGGCAUCUAUUAGCACUGAGACGACAAGAACAUCUGCUCCAGAUGGUCCAUCAGAGACUCAAACUAAAACUACUAACAUCAGCACUCCCAUCGAUUUGUCAACUAAGAAGACCUCAGAGACCAACUCUACUGAAGUUACUGCAACGACUACGAGUGAAGACUCUUCCACCUUUGGCUUCAGCUCAGUUUCAGGAUUCUCAUUUGCUGAUCUGGCCAAAAAGACAGAAGGAUUUGCCUUUGGAAAGAAAGAUUCCAGCUUCUCAUGGGCAAACGCAGGAGCGUCAGUAUUUGGAUCCUCUGUGUACUCAACUUCAAAGACGAAUGAAAAUGAGGGAAGUGACGAAGAGGCUCCAAGAAAUCCAGACAUUCACUUUCAGCCAAUCGUGUCGCUACCAGAGGUGGAGACUAAAUCAGGGGAAGAGGACGAGGAAAUCCUGUUUAAGGAACGUGCCAAGCUGUUCCGAUGGGACCGUGACCUCAAUCAGUGGAAGGAGCGUGGUAUUGGUGACAUCAAGAUCCUCUUUCAUCCAGUCAAACACUGCUACAGAGUCCUGAUGAGAAGAGAGCAAGUGCUGAAAGUUUGUGCCAACCACAUAAUCACAGAGACGAUGGAAAUGAAGCCCAUGAAUACGACGGCUAACGCCCUCGUCUGGACUGCACAUGACUAUUCAGAGGGUGAAGGCCAGGUGGAGCAGCUGGCAGCAAAGUUUAAAACUCCUGAGAUAGCUGAAUCCUUCAGGAAGACAUUCAUGGAAUGUCAGAGCCAUUUGGGCCAAACUAGCAGCAUUGCAGCUGUCUCAACACAGAUGUCUCGAGUCCAAGAGCACUCCAGAGACACUAACCCACAGGUGUUCCUCACUGUCACAGCCGAUGGUGAACUCCUGGGCGCAGUCACUAUUGAGCUUUUUGUCCACAUUGUCCCCAAGACUGCAGAGAACUUCCGGGCCCUCUGCACUGGUGAGAAAGGUUUUGGGCUGCAGGGUUCCAUCUUUCACCGGGUCAUACCAGACUUUAUGUGUCAGGGAGGCGACAUCAACAACCAUGACGGCACAGGAGGAAAGUCCAUCUAUGGCAGCAAUUUUGAGGAUGAGAACUUUGACAUUCGGCACACGGGUCCCGGAAUACUGUCAAUGGCCAAUCGUGGUCGUGACACCAACAACUCACAGUUCUUCAUCACUCUGAAGAAAGCUGAACACCUGGACUUCAAACAUGUGGCCUUCGGCUGGGUUCGGGAUGGCAUGAAUGUGGUGCAACAAAUGGGAAUCCUGGGCACAAAGGCAGGCAAGCCUACCAAGAAGCUUGUCAUCACAGACUGUGGACAGCUGUAGUUUCUGAUACAGAAACAUCAGCGAAACUAGAUUCUAAAGUUUAAAGAAACAGCUGAACCCAUGUAGUACUUGUCUUCUUCUUCCAGACUGAGUCUAUAUUUAUUUAAGCCUCUUAGAAUUGAAAGUUGAUUGUCAGACGACUGGUUGGGGCUCUUCAGCAUUAACUUCAGUAGCCUGACAUCAGCUGUUGUAUUCUGAGUUAUGUGGAAGACUAAUUUGAUACCCUAAAAUGCAGUCUCAAGCCCGAAAUAGUGGUUUAUUAUGCAGGAUGGAGAAUUUAGAGCAAAUAUAGUGUGCUUUUUGUUCUACUGUGCUUGUAUCAUUUUCAUUGUUUUAAUCAAUAAAUGGUCAGUGUUUAUUUUGUGUGUAUAUUUGUACAUGGACAACUUUGUAAAUGUUUAUUUUUGUUCAUUGUUUGCAUGUGUUCCACUUGAACAUGCAGAUUCUCGAGAUCCACUUCAGUAGGUUUUUUUUUUUUCUUUGUUGUUGAAUAAGUCUUAACUAUGAUUGGGAGGGAAAUGUUUAUUGAAAGUAUCUGUCCAUUUGUAACACUGUUCCUGCCUUCUCUUCAAAUGCUGCCUCUUUACUUUUUACUGCAGGUGUCCUUGCUCCUGGUGUUUUUAUUUUUUGUUUUGUGUGUGUUUCCGUACACCCAUUGUUUUCGUUAUAUGCAGAUAAUGGGACUCGUCUGUUGGAGUGACUGUGACUAGGUGACAUGCAGUAUCUGCUUUGCAAAGACACACAUUCUAAUUUGAGAUUGUUCAUUUGUUGUACCAACAUGUACCAGCAAGAAGAAGAAAUAAAGUUGCUUUACAAAUA